GAAAGCACUCAGCCACUCACCGAUGCCGCCACAACUUUCUUCCAGGUUCUCUCUGUCGCUGCAUCACUCUCACCAUUUCCACCUUCACAUUCUUUCUUCAACCUCUGCUCUCCACCCAAGCACCCGAAGACUAAUACCCACCAUGUCCCUAUCUUCCUCCUCUGCACCAUCUCCAUCUUCGCUAACCAAAGAAGAACAGCAAAGACCGAACCCGGACCCUCAAAAAUUGGCUCAAGUCCUGAAAUACCACAACCAAACCAAGCACUCCUUCAACAAAUACGCCCGUGGUCCUCACGGCCUCGACUGGGCAAACCAGCCCAACCCAUUUCGUCGCUAUGUCUCUGCGCCUCUCCUUCCUCUCCUGCACCUCCCAAUUGAUGAUAACAGUAUCCCAUCAACGGUUGUCGAUGCUCCUCUCUAUCAUUCUCUCUUCCUUUCUCUCCCUCCUCCGAAACCCGUCUCUCAUUCGUCAAUUUCUCAGUUGUUCUACGAUUCCCUCGCGCUCUCCGCUUGGAAAACCACGGGAUAUUCCACUUGGUCUCUCCGGGUCAACCCGAGCAGUGGCAAUUUGCACCCAACCGAGGCGUACCUUAUAGCCCCACCUAUUGAGUUGAUCUCUAAUGAUCCUUUUGUGGCUCAUUAUGCUCCCAAAGAGCAUUCUUUGGAGAUUAGAACCACAAUCACGCAUGAUUUUUUCCCCAAAAUUUUUCCAGAAAACUCAUUUCUUAUUGGGUUUUCAUCAAUUUUUUGGCGUGAGUCGUGGAAGUAUGGAGAGCGCGCGUUUCGGUACUGCAAUCACGAUGUGGGUCAUGCUAUUGCUGCAGUGGCAGUUGCCGCAGCUGGGCUCGGUUGGGAUGUGAAAUUGCUUGAUGGGUUGGGUUAUAAUGAGUUGAAGAAGCUUAUGGGGCUUGAAAUUUACCCAGAGUUCGAAAUUCCUUCAAAACCCAUUAAAGGGAAGAUUCCAGAGAUUGAAUUUGAGCACCCUGAUUGCGUACUUGUUGUUUUUCCUAAUGGUAGUAAUGGAUUUGAUGUGAAUUACAAAGAAUUGAGCUCUGUCAUAGCAGGAUUUUCCAAUUUGGAGUGGAAGGGGAAGCCGAAUUUACUUAGCAAAGAACAUAUUUGCUGGGAUAUUAUUUAUAGAACAGCAGAGGCUGUGAAAAAGCCAUCAACAUGGACCAAUGGAUUGCUAGUAGAUGCAUUUAAAGGUAGUGGAGUUUGUAGUGAAGAGUCAUACAAGGGUUUAACAGUUAGAGAAGUUGUUAGGAAGCGAAGGAGUGCGGUUGACAUGGAUGGUGCAACUGUAAUCCCCAGAGAAACAUUUUAUCAGAUUUUGUUGCACUGUCUUCCUUCUGGUUCUCAAAGUGAAGAAAAGCAGAAGGGGCAGUUGGCAUUGCCGUUUCGGGCUCUUUCAUGGGAUGCUGAGGUGCAUGCUGUUUUGUUUGUUCACAGAGUGAGGGGGUUGCCUAAUGGAUUGUAUUUCUUAGUGAGAAAUGAAGAUCAUUUCAGUGAACUCAAGAAAUCCACUAGGUCUGAAUUCAAGUGGGAGAAACCGGAGGGAUGCCCUGAGACUCUGCCGUUAUAUGAACUUGCGACAGGUGAUUGCCAGCAGAUUUCCAAACAACUCUCAUGCCAUCAGGACAUUGCUGGUGAUGGUUGCUUCAGCCUGGGCAUGGUGGCUCAUUUUGAGCCUACAUUGCGUGAUAAGGGUGUGUGGAUGUAUCCUCGAUUGUUCUGGGAGACUGGAGUUCUCGGUCAGGUAUUGUACCUGGAAGCUCAUGCAGUAGGCAUUUCUGCUACUGGGAUUGGCUGCUACUUUGAUGAUCCGGUACAUGAACUUCUUGGUUUGAGAGGAUCAAAUUUCCAGAGCCUUUAUCAUUUCACUGUGGGAGGUCCUGUCUUGGACAAGCGGAUUAUGAGUUUGCCUGCAUAUCCAGGCCCCAGUGUCGAUGCAUGAUCAACGGAUAUAUUUGUGCUUUGCCAUGAUUCAAAGAUGAGGAUAGCUGCAACUUGGUAAUUGACAGACACUACAAAUGAAAUGCCAAUCAACUUUUAGCUAGAUAGAUGAAUACUUGUACAAGUCCAUUGAUGUAAAUAAACUACUGUUCAACCACCUUGAAUUUGAAGUGUUCCUCUGUAUGACAUGGAUUCCAAUUGUUUGGAGUUCUUUUCUUUGCCUCUCUUGAUCAGUUGACAUCUCUGAAUAAUAGGAAGAUGUAUAGUUAUACCAUUAUUAUAGUUAUAUUCAAUCAUAAAUACACAGAUUCUCCAUUUUCAAUACAA